UGCAAUUAGUGACACGUUUAUUUACGCGCAACCAGUUCGUAGAGAGACGCCUACAGUACUGCCACACAAUUGCAAUCAGAUAUUUCCUAUUGGUCCGACGCUCUCACCUUGUCCGUGUUUGUGGCUUUCAACAUGCUCGAAUCUGACUCUCUGAAGCGGUUUAAUCCACGUCGCAUGCUUCCGUUCUUAUAGCUUAUGGGAUUCGAUCAAUGUCGGCCACGUCCUUUAUUGUUUGCGAGUUGUGUUCUGUGCUGCUUCUCUUCUUGAGUUUAACUUCCCAUCAGUGUUAUGUCUCUGCUGAAAAGAGCCCACUCAUACUAGUGCCUGGUGACGGUGGGAGUCAAGGUUAUUGCAAGCCCAAGGGAAAAUCCGACUACUUUCUGUUAUGGGUCAAUUUGCGUUAUUUUCUAACUCCAUGGAGCCUAUUCGAAUACUUCGGUCUGAACUUUGACCCAGCGUCUGGUGAAAUUAGUGAUUCGGACGCUUGCGAUGUUGUCUUUCCUGGUUGGGGGGAUACUUGGUCCAUUGAAAACCUUGACACAUCAAAACAUGCUGGCACUACCUAUUUUGGGUAUUUGAUAUCGUACUUACGCAGAGACCCAUACUAUGUGCCAAAUCGGACUAUCCGUGGAACUCCUUUCGACUUCCGAAGGGCGCCAAACCAGAAUCCCACAUUUGUUCAACAGUUGAAAUCACUGAUUGAAGAGACGUACGUCAAUACUGGAAAUCGAAGGGUGGUUGUACUUGCGCAUAGCCUAGGUUGCCUUUACGCACUGUCUUUUCUGGAUAAAAUGUCAGCUACAUGGAAGAAAACGUUUAUCGGUGCAUUCUUGUUUGUCAGCGGGCCUUAUGGUGGCUCUGUGAAAGCAAUGAAAAUCGAGGCGAGUGG